AUACAAAUAAGAAGCACGGUGACUGUAGAUCUUUGCUCCUCUCUUUAGCACCAGAGAAACAGUCGUAAUGGCUUUAUUUCAGAUCUUCUUAAUCUCGAUACUAAAUUCCUGCAUGGCACAGGAUGAGGAUAUUAUGACUCCUGCUCUGAAUAUCUACUCUGAGUUGAAAGAGCUUAAAGCAUCGCUUGAUGGACUGACAACGGAUCUGAACGCUGCUAAAAUUGAACUAGAAGAGCAGAAAAGCUUGAUUCAGGACCUGCAGAAACAGAUUAAGGGAGUCUUCACAGCACCUGUUAAAGGUGUUUAUUACUUCAGGUACUCAGGCUCCGCCUUUGCCUCCCAUGAUAUGGGUCUGAGCAUCUUUAAAGGCACGUCGCGAUUUGUGUCUUCAUACGAAUAUAAUUCUGGGGAGCGCAACGACCAAAUGUCCAAUGGAGCUGUGAUGGAGCUGGAUGUUGAAGAGGAGGUUCACGUGAGGCUGUGGGUCAGAUGCUGGAUCUUUGUGGAUCGACGGUACAACUAUUCCACUUUCACAGGCUACCUGCUUUACCCACAGGAUUCUGCUUCUGUAUAAUUUAAUCAGGGUUAAUUAUUUAGCAAAAUGUCAAAAAGAGUUGUUUAACAGUCCUGAAAAUAUAUCUCAUGUUUCUUCGAUGUGAAUGAAUGUUAUUAAAAGGUUACUAUUUCAUGUAUACAACCAAAAACAAGUGUUCCUCUAUUACUUAAAUUUCUCUACUACAGGACAUUAGUUGUCAUUCAGGCACAUCACUUGGCUAUUCAAAUAGGGACUUACCCUAGACAUUUCUUGUUUUAUAUAAAGUUAUUUAUAAUACAGACUAGCUGAACUUUUUCCAUUUUUUCCAAGCGAGUACAGUAGUGUCCAAAAGUGAUGUCUGAAGAGGAUAUUUGUUUUUAAUGGCCCCACAAGUUUAAUUAAAGCAUCAAAAUAUGUGGAAAAUAUUUUAGAUUUUUUAAAUAGUUUAAAUACAAAGGAAGAACAAAACACUAAACUUGGUUAAUGUUCUCUUUGUUUUGCAUAAUUAGGGGUUCAAGCACGUAGCACUGAAACUAUUUUAACUGUUAAAAUUUCCAAGGAUUAUCCUUCUCCCCUAAAAGUGAUCGGGCAGACCAAACCGUAAUUCAUAGAGACGUCUACAACGUCACCAAGGCUCACCCUUAUCGGCCCGACGGGGGCACAACAGCAGUAAAAGGUAUGGCAUCGCUCAUGACUCCUAAACCACUAGGCGUAGGCUCAAGUGUCUUAUAUCAUUGGAAUCCUCAAGAUGGACAAAAUGCAUGCAUAUAUAUUUAAUAAUAUUUGAGAAAAUUUUGUCAAUUUUCCUAUGCCAGACAUCACUAUUGGCCACUAUUGUACAUCCCUAGAUGGGAGGAUUUCUCAUAUUUAACUAACUCCCUAACAAAUUUGCCCCCCAAAAAUAGUUAAAGGGAUAGUUCACCCAAAAAAUGUAGCAAUUUAGUCCAAAUUUUCUGAAGAGAUUUUUAACACUGUAUGUGAUGAACCAAUUUAAUUUAGGCUUUUAUUCACAUAUAAACAUUGAUCAGCAAACAUAAACAGAAGCUCAACCAAAUAUGCUUGAGAACAAACGUUUUGUGGAAACUCAAACUUGCUGCAUAACACACUACAAUGAACCUCAUUGGUUCUCGCACGUCAAGCAAACAUGCUUGAGCUUCCGUUUACCACAACUGAUGUAUGAGUUGAUGAAUGUUUAUAUGUGCAUAAAAGCCUAAAUGCAGGUUUAGUCUAAAUUAGUUUUACGAUCUCUUUAUGAACUUUUUGAAGCAUUAAAGUGGUAGUUGCGUAGCUGUCUAUGAAGGGACAGAAAGCUCUCAGAUUUCAUCAAAAAAGAUCUUAAUUUAUGUUCUGAAGUUGAACGGAAGUCUUACUGGUUUGGAACGACAUGAGGGUGAGUAAUUAAUGACAGAAUUUUAAUUUCUGGAUAAACUAACCCUUUAAGUAAACCCACAAACACAAAACACCUGUCAAAUGAAUAUUCUGGAUUAAGUACAAACUAAGCUUGGUUGACUGUAUUUGUGACACACUGUUGAUUAAUUGAUAAAAUUGGCCCUCGAUUUGUAAAAAAUUUAGGACAUGUUGACAAUAAUACACUAUUUAACAUAAAUUUUCUUUGUCGUCCAAUCCCAAAAACACAUCUGAGAUUUCUUCUUAACAAACACUGAGAUUUUAAUUUGUUAAGUUAAAGACAAUGGUGCAUUUUUAUGAAUUAUACUGUAAUAUAUCACAAUAUUGAAGAAUGGAAAUAUUUUAUUUGAAUAAACAAAUAUAAAAUCUGGCAUAAAGCUUCAGAAUAUUUAAUAUUCAUAUUAUUAAAGUGAUCAGCAAAUUUGAUACCACUUUUUUUUCUUUCAUGGAAUGUAUCAUUGCAUAUGCAUAACUGUUUUGUUGUUGUUGUUGUUGUUUUUUCUUUGAAAAGCCCUAUUCGGACAAGAGUUUUAUAUGGGGAGUUGGUGUAAUGUCAUAAUAACCAAAGCUUCUCUAUGAGUUUAAUCCCGUCCAAACUGGCCAUGUCAGUAAUCUUUCCAGAAUCUCAAUGGACUGUAAAUUCCCUUGCUUUGCAGUAUUUUUAUAUACUGUAUACUGUGUAUACUGUGAUUUUCCCUGAUCAAAUUAUUUUUGAAAGUGUCUUUUGCACUAGUCGAAAUUCAGCUCCAUUCCUUCUUGUGGUUGUAUUAAAUAUGCCAUUUUUUUUUUUUUUUAUCUUGCCAUGUGGUGUUACUGUAUGAUGCAGUAACUAAAGACAUUGUGUAUCUUGUACAAAUUGAUGACAAAUGUUACUUACAAUAACAAUUCAACUAAUCCCAUCCAAAUAUGGAUAAAGACUCUCAAUCAACCAAGAGCCUGAUGUAAUGGAUCUGCUCUUCAUUCUCCAAUCUGCAUUGCUUGAUAUCUACACAAACAUCCUCGCGAUCUGAUGGACGUUGACUGUACGACUGGUUUGAUAUCAGGCCAUACUUACGGGACUCCAAUGAAUACACUUACACAUAGGCUGCUUUGAUUCAUGACUGUUUACUGCUGUUAAAUGAAAUAAAGCAUCCUCUUAAUGGC